GCGCAUGUGUGUGUGUGCGCGUGUGUGUGUAUGUGUGGAAAAAGGAAGCGGAGCCUGUAAACGGCGAACUCGCUGGUUUCCUACCCCUCGAAACAACUACCAGCGCUGUGUUACUUUUCAUGUGGACACUAUCAUCGACAGAAACAACAACACGGCCAAAGGGAAUAGAAGCCGUUUCGAGGGGGACCAGCAAACGUUAUAGUGCCUUUUGCUCGGCGAUUUCGGACGCGAACAGUAAAUCAGUAAACUGAAACCGUCUUUUGUUGAAACAAGUGCUCGCCUGAGCCCCUCCGUGCAGGCAGCGGGUUUAACAGAAGAAAAAAUCCAGGGGGGAUAAAAAAAAAAAGUGUCCGUUUUCACCUCGUUUUGUCCCGGUUCUUGGAUUUGCCACAGCUGGCUUAAGUUUGGUGGGCCAUCUCGGGCAAGGAUCGCGUUUUGAAGUUGUUUGCAGCAGUCUCUGGGACUCCCAAGAAUCACCAGACUGGCGGCUUUUCUGAAACACUGGGGUUGUUGGUGUGGCCAAAUUUUCCCUGGAUUUGACUGGUAAAUUCAGAAGACUGAAGCCCAGGCUCACAGUCUACCUUUCACGGAGGCCCAGCCGUGAGAGGACUGAGGAAGGCACGUGGCGGAUCAUGACGGCCGACAAAGAGAAGGAGAGGGAGAAAGAGCGGGACAGAGACAGAGACAAGGACCGGGACAAGAGAGAGGCUGGUAAGUCCCGCCGGCAGGACGGGGACCGGGGCGACCGUGAGAGCGAGAGCUCAAGGCCCCGACGCAGCUGCACGCUGGAGGGCGGGGCCAAAAACUAUGCAGAGAGCGAUCACAGCGAGGAUGAGGACAACGAAAAUGGCAGCACAGGUGGAGGGAGCGGCACGGCCGAGGAUGGGGGCAAGAAGGGUAAGAAGAAGACUCCUAAGAAGAAGUCACGCUACGAGCGCACAGAGAACGGAGAAAUCACGUCCUUCAUCACAGAAGACGAUGUUGUUUACAGACCCGGAGAUUGUGUGUACAUUGAAAGCCGGCGGCCCAACACUCCCUACUUCAUUUGUAGCAUUCAGGAUUUCAAGCUGAGUAAACGGGACCAUCUACUGAUGAAUGUGAAAUGGUACUACCGCCAGUCAGAGGUGCCUGACUCUGUCUACCAGCACCUGGUGCAGGAUCGCAACAAUGAGAACGACUCUGGCCGGGAGCUGGUCAUUACAGACCCAGUGGUCAGGAGUCGAGAACUCUUUAUCUCUGACUAUGUGGACACUUAUCAUGCUGCUGCUCUCAGGGGGAAAUGCAACAUUUCCCAUUUCUCCGACAUUUUUGCUGCCAGGGAGUUCAAAGCCCGCAUCGACUCCUUUUUCUAUAUCCUCGGAUAUAACCCAGAGACCAGGCGAUUAAACAGCACACAAGGGGAAAUCCGAGUGGGACCCAGUCACCAAGCCAAGCUCCCUGAGCUGCAGCCUUUCCCCUCUCCUGGUGGCCAGGCCGUGACCGAGAACGAGGAGCUGGUCUGGAUGCCAGGGGUCAAUGACUGUGAUCUUCUCAUGUACCUCAGAGCCGCAAGGAGCAUGGCUGCCUUUGCAGGGAUGUGCGACGGAGGCUCAACAGAAGACGGGUGUUUAGCAGCCUCUCGAGAUGACACUACAUUAAAUGCACUUAACACUCUUCACGAGAGCAGCUACGAUGCAGGAAAAGCUCUCCAGCGUCUGGUGAAGAAGCCUGUACCCAAACUGAUAGAGAAGUGCUGGUCUGAGGAUGAAGUGAAGCGCUUCAUUAAAGGGUUGAGACAGUUCGGCAAAAACUUCUUCAGGAUCCGGAAAGAGCUGCUGCCCAACAAAGAAACGGGAGAGCUGAUUACCUUCUACUACUACUGGAAGAAGACCCCCGAGGCAGCGAGUUGUCGAGCCUUCAACUCUUCAACACUGCCAGCCCGCCUUCCCCCCCCCCCCCCCCCCCCCCCCGAGUUCUUGGACCUCAGCUCAGCCAGUGAAGAUGACUUCGACAGUGAAGACAGCGAACAGGAGCUGAAGGGCUACGCCUGCCGCCACUGUUUCACUACCACCUCCAAGGACUGGCACCACGGGGGCCGGGAGAACAUCUUGCUGUGCACAGACUGCCGCAUUCACUUCAAGAAGUACGGUGAGCUGCCCCCCAUCGAGAAGCCCGUGGACCCACCGCCAUUUAUGUUCAAACCUGUCAAAGAAGAAGAGGAUGGACUCAGCGGGAAGCAUAGCAUGAGGACCCGACGGAACCGAGGCUCGAUGUCGACGCUACGUAGUGGUCGUAAAAAGCAGACAGCCAGUCCUGAUGGCAGAGCCUCGCCUACCAAUGAGGAUUUGCGCUCCAGUGGACGUACCUCUCCCAGCGCAGCAAGUACUGACAGCACUGACAGCAAGACAGACUCCAUGAAGAAGCCCAGCAAGAAGAUUAAAGAGGAGGUUCCUUCACCUAUGAAGAGUGCCAAACGGCAGCGCGAGAAGGGAGCCUCAGACACAGAGGAGCCUGAGAGGGCCAGCGCCAAAAAGUCCAAGACACAAGAGCUGAGUCGGCCAGACUCACCCUCAGAAUGCGAGGGGGAAGGGGAGGGUGAGGGCGAGAGCUCUGAUGGACGCAGCAUCAACGAGGAGCUCAGUAGCGAUCCUAAAGACAUUGACCAGGACAACCGGAGCUCCUCCCCAAGCAUUCCCAGCCCCCGUGACAAUGAGAGUGACUCAGACUCAUCUGCCCAGCAGCAGCAGCUCCUGCAGAGCCAGCAUCCUCCAGUCAUCCAGUGUCAGCCAGGCACCUCAGCCGCCUCCUCGGCACCGCCUCCGCCAACAACCUCAGCCCCUUCACUGCCCCCCACAGCGGCCUCCACCUCUCUACCUCCCCAGCCUCUGCCCCAGGCAAGCCCGAUGUCUCUUAUCCAGUCAGGAGCAUCCCUCCACCCUCAAAGGCUUCCCUCUCCACAUUCACCUUUGACUCAGGCUCCGCCUCCUGGCCCGCCAGUACCACCUCAAUCAUUACCCAGCUCGCAUCAUGGGCCUAUGCCUCCCAUGCCACAUCCACUGCAGCCUGGCCCCUCACACAUGCCUCACCCUCACUCCAUGCCCCAUCAGGGCUUCCCUGUGGGUCAGUCUCAGGUCCCACCCUUGCCAGUCUCUGGCCAAUCACAGCAGAGGCCGCACACGCCUCCUUCCCAGUCCCAGCCAUCUGCUCAGAGUGGAGGCCAGCCUCCCAGAGAGCAGCCAUUGCCCCCUGCCCCAAUGUCCAUGCCUCACAUCAAGCCCCCACCAACAACACCCAUCCCUCAGAUACCCAACCCACAGUCCCACAAACACCAACCCCACGUGUCAGCGCCUCCAUUCCCUCAAAUGCCUUCAAACCUGCCUCCACCUCCUGCACUCAAGCCCCUCAGCUCUUUAUCCACCCACCAUCCUCCAUCAGCACACCCACCUCCCCUACAGCUCAUGCCUCAGGGGCAACAGCUUCAGCCUCCCCCAGCCCAACCCCCAGUUCUCACUCAGUCCCAGAGCCUCCCACCAUCAGCCAGCCACCAACCUCCUCCAGCUCCUCCUCUGCCACCCUCCGCAGCAGCCUCACAACCAAACGGGACACUGCAGCCGCCGUUCUCGUCUCAUCCUUUCAGUACAGUUCUACCUCCAACCGGCCCUCCCACAUCCUCAUCACACUCUAUGCCUGGCAUACAGCCUCCAUCUUCCUCUGCUCCACCCUCCUCCAUCUCCAUGCCACUACCUGCCUCGGUCACUUGUGCCGGCCCGGGCCCGGUACUCCCACCUGUACACAUCAAAGAGGAGCCUCUGGAUGAGACAGAAGAGCCAGAGAGCCCUCCACCCCCACAGAGAAGCCCCUCCCCAGAGCCUACCAUCGUCAAUACGCCCAGCCAUGCCAGCCAGUCAGCACGGUUCUACAAGCACCUGGACCGGGGCUACAACUCAUGUGCUAGGACAGAUUACUACUUCACUCCACUGGCUUCAUCUAAACUGGCAAAGAAGCGAGAGGAAGCUCUGGAGAAAGCCAAGAGGGAAGCUGAGCAGAAAGUAAGGGAAGAGAAGGAGAGAGAGAGGGAGAGGGAAAAAGAGCGAGAAAGAGAGCGGGAACGAGAAAAGGAAGCAGAACGAGCUGCGAAAGCCUCCAGUUCCUCUCAUGAGGGCAGAAUGGGUGAACCUCAGAUGGCCGGACCCACCCACAUGCGUCCACCUUAUGAUGGCCCCCCCACUACGAUCGCAGCUGUGCCUCCGUACAUUGGACCUGACACCCCUGCACUGCGCACUCUCAGCGAGUAUGCCCGACCCCACGUCAUGUCCCCCACCAAUCGAAACCACCCCUUCUUUGUGUCCCUCAACCCUGCAGACCCGCUGCUGGCCUAUCAUAUGCCCAGCUUGUACAACGCUGACCCGGCCAUGCGGGAGCGCGAGCUACGAGAGCGGGAGAUGCGUGAGAGGGAGAUUCGUGAGAGGGAGCUGAGGGAAAGGAUGAAACCUGGUUUUGAGGUUAAGCCUCCAGAAAUGGACACACUUCACCCUUCCACAAACCCCAUGGAGCACUUUGCCCGGCAUGGGGCUAUCACGUUGCCCCCCAUGGCCGGCCAUCCCCCUUUCGCCUCCUUCCAUCCGGGCCUGAACCCAUUAGAGCGUGAGCGGCUGGCCCUCGGUGGGCCCCAGCUGCGGCAAGAAAUGAGCUACCCAGAGAGGUUGGCUGCAGAGAGACUCCAUGCUGAGAGGAUGGCCACAGUGGCCAACGACCCCAUCGCCCGCCUACAGAUGUUCAAUGUCACACCACACCACCACCAGCACUCGCAUAUUCACUCCCAUCUCCACCUCCACCAGCAAGAUCCUCUUCACCAAGGCUCUGGGGGCCAUCCCCUGGCAGUAGAUCACCUGGCAGCAGGACCUCACCUGGCUCGCUUCCCUUACCCGCACGGCGCCAUCCCCAACCCUCUCCUUGGCCAGCCGCCGCAUGAACACGAGAUGCUGCGCCACCCGGUCUUCGGUACUCCAUACCCACGGGACUUACAAGGAGGUCUGCCACCGCCCAUGUCCGCAGCCCACCAGCUGCAGGCCAUGCAUGCCCAGUCCGCUGAGCUCCAGAGGCUGGCCAUGGAGCAGCAGUGGCUCCACGGACACCAUCACAUGCACGGAGGACCACUGCCUGGCCAGGAGGACUACUACAGCCGGCUCAAGAAGGAAAGUGACAAGCAGCUGUAACCAGCCAAGGGAGGCAGCGACUGACAGGUGCAGGACACGGGAAGUUGUUACAGAGUUGUUCAUUCAGUUUUGAACAACGAAAAAAGGCCAAGUGGAUCGUCUGAGAAUUCUUCUGAUAUUUGGUUUUUGUUUCUGUCAAGGACUUUUUUUAUUAUUAUUAUUAUUUUUCAAGACAUUGACUUUCUUUGGUAUAUAGCCAGUAGUGACAACGUCCUCAAGACUCCUGCAUGACAAGCUUUCCUGACGUUUUUUUUGUAGGUGCUAGAACAAGACACUGUGCUUAUCAACAACAAAAAAAGACAAGACUGGUCAGGCCGUUUAUGGAAAAAUAACAAGUGCUAUCUUAAACUCAACAUUUAUUUUAAUACAUUGUUGGAGUUUUUUUUAAAUAAUUUUAAGAAAAGCUACAGCAUGGUGUUUUUUGAGUCUGUAAAUAGUAUAUAUAAACAUAUAAUUAUUAUUAUAAUUAUUAUUAUUAUUAUUACUAGGUGUGGACUCCAAACCAAGUCUCCAAUAUAAUUGUUUUGAAGCAUUAUCCCUUGUUUCAGAGGGGAGCACCAUGGCAUUAUAUCAGCAGUUUCUGAGUUCUCAGUUAUAACGUUCCUCUGACAUCACUGUGUUAGAUUUAGUCCCACAUACACUAUGUAAACCAUAAACCUGUCACACCCACGUCCAUUCAUCAUACAACUUUGACACGCAGCAGGUUGUCAGAAUGUGUAAACUUAACGUGUUGAGUUAAGGAUUUAAAACACUUGAAAAGGCUUCUGUGGAGUGCACACUGAAGCAAUGGAUUAAAGAGAAAACUAAAUUUUUGCACUGGGAGAGUUUCCUUGCGCUCCACUUGAUUUGGUUUUAUCCUUUUGUUUAAAUUAAUAUUUAAGUCAACACAUUGGAGUAAUACUUCAUUACUUUUUUUUUGUUUUUACAGAGAAGGAUUUUAAUUAUGAUUUUAAACUUUUGGACGCCAGAAACAUAUUUGGCAAUUUUUUUUAAAUUACCAGGACCUGAAUUUUAUCUUUGUUCACUAUAUCAGGAGGCUAACCGGACUUCAGGAUUGUUUUAAAUGUGUGAAUGGUUGUGAGUUGGUGCUAGUUGUGGGUGUCCCCUUUUCUUCACCUGGUCCAGUCACCCAUGUUUGCUGCAGGGCUCAAGUCCGACUGAGUCAUCCUCCAACUAGGCUGUAAUAAUGUUCACUGUGACACUAGAGGGGGGGGGGGUCUGCCGACACAUGGUGACCAGGAGGUAGAGGGUCGAUGAUUGUGUGUGAGUGUGUGAGUGUGUGCGUGCGUGCGUGAGUGAGUGUGUUUUCCUCACUAUGUUUUGGUAUGCCUUGGUUCCUUGGGAAUACACACGCACUCCUGGGCCUCAGGAGUUGUGUGAUUGUGUGUGUGCCACUGAAGUUGUGUUGACCUGUCAUACCAGUGCACAUAAGCCCAAUAUGUCCUUUUUGUUUGUUUGUUUUUACUGUAGCCAUGACACGACACAUGACAUUCUGCUUUUGUUCCAUGCACUAAGACUGUUUGACUGUCAUGGACAUUUAGAAAACUGUGGCUUUUUUAAAAUUUUCUUUUAACCAAAUGAAGAACCUGCACUUGCAUUUGAAAGUGUCCAUAUCUUUUCUUUGGAGCACUAUAAUUUACAUUUAAACGCUUGCAAACAUCAUAAAACUCUUGACACCCUUUUUUAAAAAUCCCCAAAAGUCUUUGAAGCCCCGACAAGAACCCGUCACUUUGUCUUGCCAUCUCCCACCGAUUUCUGUCUUUCUUCUGACGACGUACUCCUCAUCAUCAUUACCUUGCCUCAUUUUCCUGACGAUUCCCUUGCCUUUUACUCCCUCUUUUUGUCUCCAAAACCUUUGAUGUUAAGUGUUGUCAAUGGUUUAGCUUCUUGUUUCAAAGCGGCAAUAGCAGAAUGUAAAUUCUGACUGCUAAGAUUUAUAUAUAUACUGGUAUCUUGAAGCUUAUUGUAUAUAUGAGUAGUCGCCAUGGGAUGACACAAUGUAAACAAAAAGUAGAAAUAAUAAGAAAAAUUGUGAGUCCUGUGUUCUCUCCAUUUGAGUAUUUUGUAAUUUUUUUGAAAAAUUUGUGGAAUUAAAAUAAACGACUAAGUUACACCACAA